AUGGUGCGCAUAGGCCUCGCGGCGCUGGUGACGGCAGUUUUGUCUGCCUUUGCCAUCGCUGAGCGCGUUCCCGGCGCCUACAUCUUUGAGUUUAUCGACGGCUUUGACUCGCUCGAGUUUCUCCGCACAUUCGAGAAGCAAUGCAGCCUGCGCAUGAACCUCAAGUACAAGCUCUUCAACGGCGCGUCGGUGCAGCUCGACGACCUGGAGCACGCCGAUGAGCUUGCGUUCCGGAUGGCCGCGUCCCCGGGGGUCAAGAACGUGUGGCCGAUGCGCACGUACAGCGCGCCGGGGGACCGCGUCGACUGGGUCGGGACGCCGGGCGAGACGGAGCAACAGGCCAGGAAGGCGCUCCACGCGCGGCAGGCUGGGGGCGGAGGCGGCGGGUUUGCCAAUAUGAGCGGCGAUGCCUUUUCGCCGCAUGUCAUGAUGCAGGUGGACAAGCUGCGCGCCAGGGGGAUCACGGGCAAGGGCGUCAAGGUGGCCGUCAUCGACACGGGUGUCGACUACACGCACCCAGCGCUCGGGGGCUGCUUCGGCGAGGGCUGCCUCGUGGCCAGGGGCGCCGACUUCGUGGGCGACGCAUACGACGGCAGCAACGAUCCCGCCCCCGACGACGACCCGAUGGAUUGCAAGGGCCACGGGACGCAUGUGGCGGGCAUCGUAGCCGCUCAAUCGACGGGCAACCUCUUCGGGUUCACGGGCGCGGCGCCGGACGUGUCCCUCGGGGCGUACCGCGUGUUCGGCUGCGACGGCGCCACGGGCGACGACGUGCUCAUGUCGGCGCUGUACCGCGCCUACGACGAUGGCAACGACAUCAUCACCAUGUCGCUCGGCUCGCCCAGCGGCUGGUCAGAGCGGCCCUGGGCCGUGGCCGUGUCGCGUAUUGUGGCCAGGGGCGUCGCCUGCACCAUGUCCGCAGGCAACGAAGGGGAUAGGGGCAUCUUUUACACUGGCGGAGCGGCGGACGGGCUGGGCGUUGCGUCCAUUGCGUCGUUUGAAAACACCAUCACGCCUACGCUGUUCUAUAACCUGACGUAUACGGUCGACGGCGGGGAGGACCAUAUCGUGGGGUACACGCCCGGCGCGCCCAAGAACUGGAGCGACGUCUCGCUGCCGUUGUGGGCAGACAGCUACGACACCAAGAAGCCCAACGACGCGUGCGACCCCUUCCCGGACAACACACCAGACCUCAGCGACAAAAUUGUGCUCAUCCGGCGCGGCGAGUGCAACUACGCCGUCAAGGUGACCAACGCCAAGGCCAAGGGCGCCAAGUACUUCCUCUUCUACAACAACGUGUCGGGCACCGUGGGCGUCGAGGUCGGCGAGGUAGAGGGCGUCGUGGCCGUCGGCAUGGUGACGCCCGAGACGGGCGCGGAAUUGAUCGAGCUGCUCAAGGCCGGCAAGAAGGUCGUCGCCACGCUCACGGACCCAACCAAGAGCACGCCCUACCUCGUCAACUACCCGAAUCCGGAGGCCGGCGGCGCGCUGAGCGACUUUACAUCCUGGGGCCCGACGUGGGACAUGGACGUCAAGCCGCAGUUUGGCGCCGCUGGCGGGCACAUCCUGUCGACCUACCCAGUCAAGAAGGGCUCGUACGCCGUGCUCAGCGGCACGUCCAUGUCGUGUCCCCUGGCGGCGGCCAUUUAUGCCCUCGUCGGCCAGGUUAGGGGCCGGAUCGACCCGGAGGAGAUGGAGAAUCUGUUGAGCGCCAACGCCGAGCCCCAGCUAUUCAACAAUGGCACUGCGUUUUCUCCAUAUCUUGCACCCGUUGCGCAGCAGGGAGGCGGCAUCAUUCGCGCGUACGAUGCAGCCUUUGCGACGACGCUGGUUGAACCGUCGUCCCUGGCGUUCAACGACACCGACAGCUUCAUCAACUCGCUAAACUUUACAAUCAUCAACUCAGAGUCAAGUAGGGACAUAACGUACAGCAUAUCGCACGUCCCAGCCGUCACAAUGUACGUCCUGCAAAAGGACUCCAUCUACCCGCACUCCUUCCCCAACGAUGUUGUGGAAGCAGCCGCCACCCUCCGAUUCAGCAGAUCCAAAGUCACCAUUCAACCCGGUCGCUCCGUCAGCAUAUCCGUCGCGCCCACCCCUCCUCAAGCGGUCGACGUGAGGCGCCUGGCGCUCUGGUCGGGGUACGUCGCGAUCAACGGCUCGGACGGGAGCUCGCUCUCGAUUCCCUACCAGGGCAUCGCCGGCUCGCUGCGCAGCGCUACGGUCCUUGACCACGCCAACGGGACAUGGAUCGCGCGCGCGACGGACAAGGACAGCGACGAGCCUCCCGCCGUGGCCAACGGCACGGUGUUCACCCUGCCGAAGCAGGGCGAGAAGACGGACAACUCGACGGUGCCGAUGCUGGUGGCGAACCUGGCGCUGGGAUCGCGCUACGUCAGCGUCGACGCGGUGCAGGUGGACGAGCGCGGCCAGAGCGGCUCGCCGGUGCCGAUCGCGGACUCACCGACGGUGUGGGAGACGAGGGACAAGGUCAAGUUCCUGUGGGACGGGAAGCUGGGGACGGGUGAAUACGCGCCCGCGGGGACGUAUAGGCUUGUCACCAGGGCGCUGCGGCUCAUGGGCGACCCGGAUGACGAGAGAGACUUUGACGUGAGUAGCUCGCAGAGCAUCAGCAUCACAUAUAGACAGUGA